AGUGCGGACAUGGAAGGGAACAAUUCAUUCGAACAGAUUUGAAUGGAACUCAGAUUGUUUCUAUGCGCACUGACUAGCGAAGAUAGUGUUCCUCGUUUGUAAAUAGAUAAAUAGAAUUAUUAAUAAAAAGGCAAAAUAAUAUAAUGUCUACUAAAAAUAGUGGAAUUCCUGUCAUAAUCGAAUUUGGAGGUGGAGCAGAGUUACUCUUUGACAAGAAGAAAAGACACGAAGUGAACUUAUCUGGGAACGAAUGGACUAUACACAAGUUACUUUUCUGGAUACGAGAUAACCUCUUGAGAGAACGACCAGAGCUUUUCAUACAAGAUAACACUGUGCGGCCAGGAAUUUUGGUUUUAGUAAAUAACACUGAUUGGGAACUACUGGGUGAAGGCGAUUAUAAAAUAAAAUCUGGUGACGUAAUAACGUUCAUAUCCACCUUGCACGGGGGAUAAGGACGCUGCGAUAGGAAUGAUCAACCAAAGGAAUGGUAAUGUGAUGUAAAAUGGAGGUGUACGAAAGGAGAUGAAAAUAUUUGAAAUAUUUAUUUGUAUGGAAUCGAUGUAUAUACAUAUGUACAAAGUCGAAAAAUAAAAUGCUCAUUCACACCUACGACGUUCGUCUGGGUUUAGGAUGUUCCACGUAACGAC